GCUGUGAAAAAUCCAAUGUCAAUCUUCAUGCUGAAAUAACACAAUCAAAACAUAAAACAUGGUUUCGAGAAACCUGUGUGAUUUUGUCCGCUUCAGACAAUUUUGUCAAUACCAAACAAUUUCAGCGUCCGCCCUGCACCGUACAAAUCGUGUACAGUCCGGUCAGCGUUUUAUAAAAGUUUGGGACGACGCCCCAAAGUGGGCCCGAUCGUACUGCUCCGCCACCAAAUUCUUACAGGGCCGGCAAAUUCGGUUCUACUCGACAGUUUCCGGCAAAGGUUCGAGUGAACAGCAGCAAAACGUUGCAACGCCCCAAUUGCUAUCGAAACUUUUCCCGCAGACCGCAGUCGAAGGGACUGAGAAUGAAUCGCAGCAAGAAAAGCAACGCAAAGAAGAGGACGAGGAAAAGGAAUCGUCUUGGAAGCGGAUGAAGCUAGGGUUUGUCUUCUUUGGCUUUUCCGUGUCCGCUUUCUGUGUGUACAUGGUUUGGGUGUUUGGUGCACCGGAUCACGAUGCGGAAGGUAACCUCAUAAUGGACGAAUUCAUGGAACUGCCCACGUUUCAGCAAUACUUUCGACGAAUGUGGAAAUCGAUGACAUACUACCAAAAAAUGAUACAAGAACCUUCGCGCGAAAAGCUGCUACCCGAUCCGCUAAAGUAUCCGUACGUACAGCCACCCUAUACGUUGGUGCUAGAGAUGAAAGAUGUGCUGGUGCACCCAGACUGGACAUACCAAACCGGGUGGCGUUUCAAGAAGCGUCCUGGCGUCGAUAAGUUUCUCGAAACGUUGGCCCAAAACUACGAGAUUGUAGUGUUUACUGCCGAUCAGGGAAUGACCGUAUUCCCGAUACUAGAUGCACUAGACCCUCGGGGCUAUAUCAUGUACCGUUUGGUGCGCGAUGCAACACACUUUGUCGAUGGUCAUCAUGUAAAAAAUUUGGACAACCUUAACCGGGAUCUCAGCAAAGUGGUUGUAAUCGAUUGGGAUCCAAACUCGACAAAGCUGCAUCCGGAAAAUACGCUCAACAUACCUCGCUGGACUGGUAACGAUGAUGAUUCCGGUUUGUUCGAUCUAAUGGCGCUGCUGGUAACGAUCGCUUCCAGCGAGGUUGAGGAUGUGCGCGAUGUGAUGACGUACUACAAAUCGUUCGAAAAUCCGCUGGUAAAGUUCCGUGAAAAUCAGCGCAUUCUCGCAGAACAGAUGGCCGAACGAGAGCACGAGGAAAAACAACGCAAUCUGCCGGCAGUGCAGCGAUGGAGACCCAGCUUUCUAGGCGGUGGACGCUAAAAACGUGGUGCGUAUUGCCAAUAAAUGCCAUAGCAUGUCA